UGUGGGAGCUCCCGGUGUGGCCCUCUGAUGGUUUCAUUGGUAUUUGAUCCACGGCCCGCCCCUUUCCUCAUCCUCCGCGCUGCGCCGCUCCGCACACCCGGCGCACCAGCGGGACAGUCCGGCUGCACCCCCGGCUCACUCGGACCAAGCGAACCUAAAAACACAUUUCUAUUGGAAAGAUAAUAAAACCGGAGUCUGCCAGCCUCACAUUCUUCUUCCCAGUUUCCUUUGGAAUCAGAACCAUUGGAGCAGCAAACCAGGGUGGUAGCAGCCAGGCCCUUGCCCAGAAAGAGGCGCCCUACCGGGGGUAACAAAGGAGAUGAAGGAUUAGAGGAUAAUCCAGGAUGGUUCCAUGGUGCGACCACAGAGCGCUUUGCAGCUGGACUGAGACCUAUUUCUGAGCUGAUGUUCGACAAAGCCAAAGCCCAAGGCAAGCGGGGGAAACCAGGCGACCUGACCACACUCCAACUGGCCCGGCUGCUUCCAGGAACACAACUGCACAGUGUUCUCCUCAAUUUAUGUCUGUUUAAUUCAGCCAGCUAUGCAUAACAGCGAGCUACAAAGAGUGGGACAGAGUUUGGCCUGCACAUGAUAAACAGAGAUAAUAUUCCAGUGAACUAUUUGGCGCUGCAGGCCUUGAGUUCAACUUUUCAGCCUUAGAAAUUACAUGGUUUCAAGAUCUUGGAAUAACUUUUCAGAGCUAUUUUUUAGGCCCAUACUUUGGACUACUGAACUGUCAAUGAUUUUGGCACAAAUCUAAGAGGAGAAAAGUAAAUCUUUGCUCGUUCAGUUUUGCUAUUCAGUGGGAUUAAAGGCAACUUCAGACGACGUUUCUGGCUGAUUUUCAAGAAGUAUUCAGCCAUUUACCUUUAUUGACCAUGAAUCUUCAGGAAAAGCUGUCAGGCCUAAAAGGUCUGGUCUCACAUUCCCACAGCAAGCGCCGCUACAAAGGCGACCUCACAUUGGAAAUGAUCAGCCCUCCUCUGGGUGACUUCCGCCACACCAUGCAUGUGGGCCGCGGUGGCGAUGUGUUCGGGGACACCUCCUUCCUCAGCAACCACGGUGGCCAGGCCAAUGGGAACAACGGGGAAACGGAUUCUAUCUCCUCCCCUGACAACAAGAUCGGCGCCUUCUUCUCCAGGACGCUCCGUCAAAUCAGGAGGGGCUCUGAAAACCGACCCAGAGAAGUAUCUAAGGAUCUGUCACCGCCACCUCCCGUCGUUUCUCCCAUCAUCAAAAAUGCCAUCUCCCUUCCCAGGCUGGAUGUGGAUUUGCCUAAUGGGAGUCCCACCACCAAACUGCGCUUCCCCAGUUCUCAAAACACUCCAGAGGAGAAAAAGAGCUCUUAUGGACUGGAGUCUGGUUUUGUCACUCUGCCUCGUCUCUCCCGCUCUGAGCGUCAGCAGCCCUCCAUCUCCCUCCCCACCUCCUGCUCCCCAAACAUCCACCGUGGCUCUCUGACCGACCCUACAGAUGCCAUCUUGUCCACCUGCUCCACCUCCCUUGUGACCUGUGACACCAAACCCACCACCGCCUACUCUGACUCCCUUCCCUCCCUCACCUCGCUGGACACCUUCACCUUCGACCUUGGCCCCUCUCUCAUGAGCGAGGUAUUCGGCCUGAUCGACGGCCACCCAGAGGAGCAUGUCCACGCCUGGGAGGGAGAGGAGGUCGGGUCAGCGUGUGGGCUGACCAAUGAGGGAUCAGAGAUGGACUCGGCAACUAUCUCAUAUGUGGAUUCCCUGCUCAGGGAAGACUGCGGGGGCAGGAAGAGCCCUCAUGGGGCCGAAUGGGAAGAGGAGGAGGAGAGCAUGACGGAGGUGAACGGAGUUGGGCUUUCUGUUAAAGUACCUGAUGUGGUGAUGGGGUCUCCUGAGCGAGUGAGGUUGCCGAAGGGGAUGGAGAGUGAGCGGUUCCAGAGUGCUACAGAUGUGCUUGCACGCCACUAUGGCGUCAGCCUCUUAAAGGGACAGAGCAGGAUGGAGGUUGCAGAUUCAGAUAUGAUGAUCAUCAGCCAGCCCAAGAAGAAUAUGUCCUACAGUUACAUGGACGACGAGGAUGAAAUCAAAGUCUGAGCCGAGCAAAUCAGAGAUGUUUUUGAGACUAAACUAUCUUCAUCUGAUGUAUGAUUUCUCUGCAACUCAAAUCAAAUCCAUCAUCUAAAAUCUUUUUGUGGUCAACAAGGCUGGCUCUUUUGACAGGAUGACCAUGAAAACUACAACGUGAAUCCAGUAUCCUUAAUACCAGAUCCUUUACUUUUAUACAGUCACACUUCAAAGAUGUACAGUUUUGGAUGCAGAACUGUUGCUGAAUGUAUCUAAAAGGAGCGAAAGACUUGAUGCUGCAUGUUUCCGAGCUCAGCACAGGAAGGGAGAAAACUUUUUUUUUUAAAUGUCAUGACUUAAAAAGGACUGAAACAAAGAGGGAGAUGGAAAGUGAGGAUGUGCCAGAGAAUGUGGUUAAGAUUGUCUCAAAGGAAAAACCAGCAUUACUCAAGUUCCUAAGCCUGUCAUUCACUUUAUACUUCAUUCACUUCCUCACAUACGAGGGGAAACGAAACGCAAUAUUCUCUCGUCACUAAUGAAUAAUGUACAUGUUGUCACAACCUUCUGGCAUCACUGCAAUCUCUUGUCAACUUUUCACUCAGGAAUACACUACUAGGAAACAAAAAGGGAAUGGAAAUGAGAGAUCUGGAAUCUCAGGCCUCGAUAAAACGGAGAAAUACAAACAUCUCAGUUAUUAAAGUACAUUAACUGAGGGAGUAUGACAAGUAUUACCGGUAUUUGCUAGUUGCAACUAAAGCGUGAACCAUAUAUUUGCUGAUUUUAUGCUGCAGACAUUCUAUAUAGAUACUCCAUGCACCUUUUAUGAUUAUGAAGUCUGACUCCUGUAUUGAUUUUUAUAGAAGAAUUGUCAUUUAUAUGUUCUUUUAUACAACUGUACAUGAAGAUAACUGACCUCCUAUAAAUAUGUACUUACAGUAUGAGCACCUGCAAUUCACAUCCAUAUGCUGCAGUCAGUACCAAUGAUAUACUACGAUGUUAUAAAUUGACAAUAAAGAUGUUUGUAGUUAGGUUGAA